UUUGGUUUUUCCCAAGUUGAAAAUUGCAAUAUAUAUAUAUAUAUAUAUCAGAAAGCGUCCCUGACCUUGAGCCUAAACGCACCGUUUCGUUGUCUCUCAAUUUUCGAAGAUGAAGCGUCGAUUCAAAAUGUGCAGCGAUUCAAAUCUGACGAAGCUUCACCGUCUGAUCGACGAUUCUCUCCGUCCGUACACAGAACCAGAUGUCGUUUCGGUAACGAAAGAGAGAGAAAUUCUGGUCAGUCUCUCUCAGGUUCUUCGGCAAGUGAAGCUCUGGAUUGGAGAAGUUGAUUCCGAUUCUGAUAAUGGAGUGGUGAUUGGAUUGGAUUUUGAGAAUGAGUGUAUGUGUCUGAGUAAAAUCUUAACUCACUUGAUUGUUUUGCUAACAGUGGAGAGUCAUUAUGUGAAGCAUCUGGCCUGCAACGUUCUAGCUGCUGUCUCUGUAUUCGUGGCGGCUUCGGGAAGCCACUGGGAUGCCUUUAUUCGUUUGUUGUGUGAUUGUAUGGAUUUGGCAAUCACUGCGGCAGUUUCAUGUUCUACAUCGACUUUGGCAACUGGAGCUAGUGAUCUUUGUUCUAGUUCAUUGAGUUUAAUUCUCGUGCUGAAACCUAAGGUGAAAAAUGGUGACUGGUCUGUAGCGGCUGGUGUUGUUCGGGUGCUACGUGAUAUGCUGAAGUAUUUGAAGUCUGAGGAUGAUGACGAACUUGUUGAAGUGUUCAUUGAGGCUGUUAAUUCUUUUCUUUCAACAGUGCCUUGGGAUUUAUUGCAUGAGAUUCGUGUUGGUCCAACUGCUGAUGCUCUGCAAUGCUCCAGGGCAGAUGUUUCAUUCCAAAGAACCUUGUUUCUAGGAAACUUGAUUCAGUUUCUCUGUUCCUUGGUCGAGCAAGGCGGUGUUGUCGAUGCUCCGGGUGGAUCUCUAGACAAGCAUCAUCCAGUGUUUUCUAGAAUCAUCAUUCUUGUACCUAAGCUUUUACGUUUAUGCCUUGGGGAGCAAGCGGAUUGUGUUAUCUCUAACAACUGCAUCUCUCAAUACUUUAAACACAAGUUAUUGGUGCUAAUGAUCAGGCUCAUUGUCCAAACUUGUCCAGAAUCCUCAAUUCUUGUUUCAUGGCUGCAACUUAUCCAUAAUUACUUUGAAGAGCUUUUGCGGCAACCCAUUUCUACUCUGGAGUGUAAUCAGGAAGAUUGUUUAGAAGGCUCUCCAUUUCUAUCCAGUGUUUCUGAUUCAGAAGUAAAUAGUCUGUCUUCUCGCCAUCUGCAAAGACAGGCUGUGUUCCUUUUUCUGAGGUGUUCUUUUAGUUUGAUUAACUCAAAUGGAGGCACUAACAGAAAAUGUGCUUGUGCAAGUUGGAAUUUAUGCUUGGACUAUGACUCAAAUGCAGAGUUGCAGUGUUGUGGAAGAAAGGAAGGACUGUUGGAGCUUAAUAACUGGCUUCAAGGACAUCUUCCAACUGAUAUGUUAGUGGACCAUGAAAUGUAUUUUGAAAAAUGUGCAGACUUUGCCAAAUCCUUCCUCCAACUAUAUAUCAAGGAGGAUGAUGUAUUAUUCAGAGUGCUCUUGCAACUGCUUUGUGUACCUUGUCUUGCAGAGAAACAGUUUGAAGAGGAAAGGGGAUCAUUUCUGGAUUCAAAGGGCAAUGUGCUUUUCUUUGUCUCAGAUCUUUUCAAUCCUGUACUCUUAUUCCAUCUAUUUCUUGUAGAGUUAAGCUAUGACCAUCAGGUGCUUCUUGAUUACCUUAUUUCAAAAGAUACUGGAAUCAGUUGUGCAGAAUAUCUUUUAAGGUGCUUGCGUAAAGUGUGUGAUUCAUGGAGCUUAUUUGUGGAAUUUCCACCGAGUGGACAAGCUAUAAAUCGAUCAUCUUGCAAGAAAAGAAAAGUUUCAUUGAAUGGGUCGAGUUUCUGUGGAGCAGAUUUGUUUGCGCUAGUGAAAGACUCUGGAGGUUUGUUUCUUGAAGAUGAAUGUGACGAUGAAAACAAAUAUGAUUUCAAGCACACUCGAGAGAAUUUCCGAAAAGCCAAAGAGUGCUUAAUUUCGUUGAGAAAUUCGAUUGAAAGUCUCCACCAAAAGAAUCUAUUUCCCUACAAUCCUAAUGCUCUUUUGAACCGCUUAAUGAGGUUUCAGGAACUCUGUUUCGAGGAGGAAAAAUAAACUUGUACAAGGUUGUGGGGACUUUGGAUUACUUCCCAGCAUAAAGUUUUGCAGAGCUCAUUUAUUCCUUUGAAGUUAAAGUCAUAAAAGGAGAUGCUGCCAACCAGUGAGGCCUAGUCUAAAGGUUUUAUGUGAAGAGUUACCACAUAACUGGGAAUCAAAAGGACAAUGCUGGAAAGAUAACUCAGUAUCAUCACAACUCUAUGGGGCCAUAGUAAUUGCAUUUUUUUAACAAAUUUGGAGCAGUGAAUGGGAAAAAGAACAAGCAUGUGCUGAGGUAAUUUAGAUUCUAUGUAUACAAGUUUAGACUUCAAGUUUAUUUUCACUGACAAGAGUAGAGGAGAAGAAAUCUCACUUGUAGCAUAGUUAAACCCUGCCUUCUAAUAGAAUCUCAAGAUGUCCAAUGUUAAAGGUAUUUUCUACUAACUUUCAUCACUCCAUGAGAUGUAGAUUGAAGGCCA